AUGCUGGGCAGACUGUGGGCUACGGUAUUGGCUGUGUUGUUGGUGGUACUGUGCGUGGAGGUCGAGGGAUACGCACGAUUUGGGCCCGCACGUUCAGCGACACCCAGACCAGAAAAAUCGAUCAAUCAGCAAAUUUUGGAGGGUAGCGGCCAGCGAUUCCACGGCCGGUUCAGGUCAGGCACCGAUGACAAUCUCUACCGCUACCUGAACAAUUUG